CAACUGUCUGGAUGAAUGUCUCAGAUCUUGGAAAUUUCGCUUGGAUAGGUCGAAAUUUCGCUUGUUUGUCUAUUUUAUUCAGGUAGGCUGCAUGUUAUCACGAGCCUAAAGUAAAGAAAAUGUUUAAAACAUGAGUGAAAUGGGCACUUUUAUUGUUGAGGACUGUGUGGGACUCCGGGCUUUAUCUGUACUCUCCGCCUCUUUAAGUCUGCCCUACAUCUGACUCAUUUCGGUCCUUUGCAGUUUGCACAGCAGUCUGUGCUCUGCCCCAUAUUUUAUUUGGCAAUUCUCACCACCGCCGCUGCGUAAAAGUCCCUGCGCUGCGCUUGGAAAUGUAGUUCUUUUUGCGCACGACGAGGUCUCCAAAAUGGACCUAAAAUCCGAACUCCUCAAAUCCAUCUGGUACGCGUUCACAUCGCUGGACGUGGAGAAGUGUGGGAAAGUCUCCAAAUCGCAGUUAAAGGUGCUUUCCCACAACCUGUACACAGUGCUGCACAUCCCACACGACCCCGUGGCUCUGGAGGAGCACUUCCAGGACGACGAUGAUGGGCCGGUGUCUAAUCAUGGCUACAUGCCCUACCUCAACAAAUACAUACUGGAUAAGGUCAAAGAGGGGAUGUUCGACAAGGAGAAGUUUGACGAUCUGUGCUGGAUGAUGACCAUGAAGAAGAACUUCAAGGGGGUACCACAGGGGGCGCUGCUAUCAGAGAGAAACUGUUUCAAGCUCUUCUGUUUAUUCAACCUCCUGUCUGAGGACCGCUACCCGCUGGUGAUGAUAGCAGAGGAGGUGGAAUAUCUCCUCAAGAAAAUCUCCACAGCCAUGAGUGAGGAGUGGGAUGGGAAGCCCUUGGAGGACUUAAUAUCCCAGGAUGCCACAUUGCAGGAGGAAGGUAUGUCUGUAUGGACAUUCCUGGAUCACAUGACUGCAGGCCAGCUGCUGAGGGUCACCAGUGCCGAGGCCUUCAGUCUGGCUUUGGACGAGGUCUUUCUGGAGAUGUACCACAAUGUCCUGAAGAGGGGUUAUAUGUGGAAAAAGGGGCACGUUCGUAGGAACUGGACGGAGCGCUGGUUUGUACUGAAGCCCUUCUCCAUGGCGUACUACGUCAGCGAGGACCUGAAAGACAAGAGAGGAGAGAUCCAUCUGGAUAAAAGCUGUGUCAUAGAGCCUCUUCCGGACAGGGAGGGGAAGCGAUGUAUGUUCUGUGUGAAAACCCACAAUAAAACCUAUGAGAUGAGCGCGUCUGACCAGAGACAGAAGGUGGAGUGGACUCAAGCCAUUCAGACAGCGCUCCGUCUCCAGGGCGAGGGCAAGUCCUCCCUUCACCACGAACUGAAACUGAAGAGACGGGUUCAGCGGGAACACAGCCAACGGGAGCGCAGCCGGAGCGCCCGCAGCAGCUGCAGCAGCCAAUCAGACGACUCGAAUAUCCAAGAGCUGGAGAAGAUGGAGAAAGAGAAAGACAGGCAGGAUCUCGAGAUUGAGAGCAUCAUCCAGCAUGCACGGGAGUUGGAAACUAGACGAAGGGAGGCAGAGGAGAGAGAGAGGAGGAAACAGAGGGAGGUGCAGAUGGAGCUGGAGAGACAGCUGAAAGAGGCUGAGAUGUUGAGAGACAGCAUGCAGGCAGAGAUGCAGGAGAAGGAAAGGGAGGCUGAGCAGCAGAAGAAGAGGAUUCAGGAGUUGGAGCUGACGCAGCGGAAACUGGAGGCUGCUCUCAACAUGGAGAUCCAGGCUCGGCUGGAGGAGGAGAGAGCCAGACAGGAGCUGCAGAGGUUGCUGCAGGCUGAAGAGGAGAAAAAGAAGCAGUGUCAGCUCCUGCAGGAGCAGCAGAGGGCCUUGCAGAGCCUCAGCACCAUAAAGGAGGCCUCAGACGGCAGUAUAGACGAGGAAGCCCCCUCAGCCCUCCACUCUGCCUCUCAGGAGCUCCAGGACCUGCGGGCAUCUCGCCAGAGAAGCCACCAGCACCUGGAGGAGGUUCAGGAGAAGCUGAGGAACGCCAGUCAACAUGUGCGGCACUGGAACGUCCAGCUGAACCGCCUGAUGACGCCCAUCACUCCUGGAGAGCGCUUGGAACAUCGCCUAUUAUCAAAACAAAUGUGUCCCAAAAAGGAAGGAGCGCUGGCAAGUAACGAGUUCAUCUCUAAAUUCAAGAUACGAGCCCAUGAGAACAGCCAGACUCCGGAGGAGAACCAGAGGCUGGAGGAGCAGAUGGAGGCCGCUCACCUCUCAGACAGAUCAGAUGAACCACAGGGAAAACCCAACGGACAAAUGUGAUAAACCAUGAUGACGGUUAAGGGAACAAGUUUUCUAAUGUACAAGUUCAAUAAUGAUGAAAGAAAUUCUUCAUUUGUGCGAGAUUGAGAGUGGAGAGUGGAAGGAAAACAUUAUUCACAAUAAUACAUAGAAAACCUUCAAAAAGCUUUGUAUUAUAUUUAUAUUCAGAGUUGCACACUAAGAUGGAGAACAAUGCAGGAUUAAAUGAAAACACAUUUGACUAAGAUCAACAGAGAUUUACAGUUUUGUACAAAUAAAGUUUCUUGGUGAAUAAUAAAAUUUCAUUUUGUGAUAUUUGUCA